AUGGCCUCGGCGCCAGCCAGCGUGAGGGUCUCUGGCCCUCCCAACAGCAGUUUUCUCGUCGGAUACCCUGGCAUCUCGGCCACUUUGCCGCGAAUCGAAGGCAAAGUUGAGAUUCGACCAGGACAAGGCUAUUCCAUGCCUGUGCCGGUAUCAUUAGUACGGAUAUCUUUACAACGACGUGAAACAAUCCAUCCCGAUGCCGAUAGCUUGACGAAGCGCCAUCUCGGAACACCGCGAAAGGAGACGACUGACGUGGUUGGCAAGGAGGUCUUGCUAUUUCGAUGCGCAACAGGAAAGGAGGCCGAAAGUGUGAUCGCCAUGGAUCUCCCAUUUGUGCUGUUUAUCCCCUUUGGACGUGGUGGGGAAGAGACCAACCGAAGAAUACCGCCGGCAUCUUUGCAACUCCCCAGCAGAACGGCAGAGACCUUUUAUGAGCUUGUUGUCACUGUACAACAAGGGCACAGCAAUCAAUACAAAUAUCCUUUUCCGGUUCCGUUACAACGAUACGACACGCUGUCUACAUUUGGCAUGUAUAAUAAGCCAGAAACAAAACUCGUCACCUCUGACAACGUGGUGCACCUGGGAAUCAACCUACCGAGAUGGAGUUAUGGCCCUGGUGAUCCAAUCACUGUUUACAUCAAGCUAUCGCCGAAUCCAGACUGGUUGAGUAAGGCAAAGAGGGUCAGCAUAGAAAAAAUCAACCUUACGAUCGAGGAGGAAGUCACAUAUAAUCCCGAAGGAGACGAGCCAGUCAAAAAGGUCAACAAACUGUCCAAACAGGUGCAAGUGGUUAAGAUGAAAAUCCCAGAGGCAGGGUACGCCACCAAUAUUGGGCUUGUAUUUCCGUGCAAAGACCUGAGAGACCCCGAUGGCAUCGUCAAGAGAGGCAAACCAGCGUUUCCGUUGUAUGAGGUUUCAUCAUUUACCACCACAUCAUCGCUCUACAAAAUUGAGUUUUACCUGAGUAUCAAGGUCCAGUUGAGUGGUGCUCGCGACGUCAAUUUGAGACAACCCAUUGUUAUUUGUCCUCUCGACCAACAGGCGUGUAAGGAGGAAAUGGAUGCUAUAGAACAAGCUGCGAAAGAUGCGUCUCAUGUCGACCCCAACAAUCCGAUGUUGCCGGCCCGGUCGAUCAUCUUGGCAAAUGACCGCGAUUCGUUACGUGCCCUGGGACUGUGUCUUGUUGGAGGACAUAAGAAGCCCUUUAUCGAUUGA